GAAAAGAGAGAGAGAGAGAGAGAGAGAGAGAAAUAGACAAUUCUUCAAUUUUCAUUCGAACAUUCGAAACGUUUUAAAAGGAAUUGGUGAUCGAUCAAUUCGGUUUACUCUCCGCGAAAGAUGCGAGGCGAACGGUGAGAGACUCUGCUUGGAGACCAGGAAUUAUUAGAAACAGAGAACAAGUUGCGACGCGGUGAAGAAAGGGAUUGACCGUCGAGAGAGAGAGAGAGAUAGAAAGAGAGAAAGAGAGAGGAUAGCAGAGAAACAUGGGGAAGAAGAACAGCAAGUUGAAACAGGAUACCAUCGAUCGACUCACCAGUGACACGUAUUUUACCGAGAAGGAGAUUCGACAAUGGCACAAAGGAUUCCUGAAAGACUGCCCCGACGGGUUGCUGACGGAACAGGGUUUCAUAAAGAUCUACAAGCAGUUCUUUCCCCACGGCGAUCCAUCGAAAUUCGCCUCCCUCGUUUUCAGAGUGUUCGAUGAAAAUAGCGACGGCACGAUAGAAUUCGAAGAGUUCAUAAGGGCGCUCUCGGUGACGUCGCGCGGAAACUUGGACGAGAAACUUCACUGGGCGUUUCGACUCUAUGACGUGGAUAACGAUGGUUUCAUCACAAGGGAGGAAAUGUACAAUAUCGUGGACGCGAUGUACGAGAUGGUGGGUCAACAGCCGCAGGCGGAAGACGAGAACACGCCUCAGAAAAGGGUGGACAAGAUCUUCGAUCAAAUGGACAAGAACCACGACGACAAACUGACCCUGGAGGAGUUUCGGGAGGGUAGCAAGGCCGACCCGAGGAUCGUGCAGGCGCUGUCGCUAGGCGGCGAGUAACGGCAGGCCUCCUCGAGGCCGGACAAAUCGUCGUCGUUCGUUUCAAGCCGAACGAUCGCCCCGUCGCCUCGGUCCGGUCGUCGAAACGGAUAAGAGAGAAAGAGAGAGAAAGAGAAAAAGAAAGAAAGAAAGAAAGAAAGAGAGAUGUUGGGGCGAAAACCCGUUGCACCACAGCCCGGCGUACACGCAUACGUAGGUACAGUUGUUGUGAUUG